AUGGCGAAGAAGACGUACGACCUGCUUUUCAAGCUGCUCCUGAUCGGGGACUCGGGAGUGGGCAAGACCUGCGUCCUUUUUCGUUUCUCGGACGAUGCCUUCAACACCACCUUCAUUUCCACCAUAGGAAUAGACUUUAAGAUCAAAACUGUUGAAUUACAAGGAAAGAAGAUCAAGCUACAGAUAUGGGAUACAGCAGGCCAGGAGCGAUUUCACACUAUCACAACCUCCUACUACAGAGGAGCAAUGGGUAUUAUGCUAGUAUAUGACAUCACCAAUGGUAAAAGUUUUGAAAACAUCAGCAAAUGGCUUAGAAACAUAGAUGAGCAUGCCAAUGAAGAUGUGGAAAGAAUGUUACUAGGAAACAAGUGUGAUAUGGACGAUAAAAGAGUUGUUCCUAAGGGAAAAGGAGAACAGAUUGCAAAGGAGCAUGGUAUUAGAUUUUUUGAGACUAGUGCAAAAGCAAAUAUAAACAUUGAAAAGGCCUUUCUCACAUUAGCUGAAGAUAUCCUCCGAAAGACCCCUGUAAAAGAGCCCAACAGUGAAAAUGUAGAUAUCAACAGUGGAGGAGGCGUGACAGGCUGGAAGAGCAAAUGCUGCUGA